AAGGCCAAAAAUGAUUUUCAUUUGACCAAUCAAAAGUUAUAAGAUAUCACACCAAUCACCAUGCAUCGGAAUUUCAAGAUCACGCAUUAUUAGCUCAAGAAACAGUAGCUCUAAAUGCCUAAUAAAAGCAGGUUGAUUCCAGAUUAUUGGAUUUUAGAACUCUUUCUAUUAGUUUUAGCUAUGGAGAAUUCUUACCAUUCUAGCCUGCCUGAAGCUGAAAAUUGGGUUGAUUUCAAUGCUACAAUAAGCAACGAGUCUUCUUUCAUAGUCCCAUGGUCAAUAGAGCCUCAUUUUUCAGCCUCUAGUUCAAUUCAAUGCCAAGGUUUCCCUUCAUGGGGACCACCAAUUGAAGGAGCGGCAGAGGAUAGAGCUACAACUGUUACCAAGAGCCAUAGCCAAGCUGAGAAAAGGCGCAGGGAUCGAAUUAAUGCACAGCUUGCAGCUCUCAGAAAACUGAUUCCCAAGUCUGACAAGAUGGAUAAGGCAGCUCUAUUAGGAAGUGCAAUAGAGCAAGUAAAGGAUCUAAAGCGAAAAGCAACAGAAAUCAGCAAAGUUUUCACCAUACCGACAGAAACUGAUGAAGUAACUGUAGAUUGUGAUCUUCCUGAAGACAUAAGCCCCAUCAAUACUAGACAAACCAAGGACAAGAUCUUGAUCAGGGCUUCUGUUUGUUGUGAUGAUCGGCCAGAAGUAUUCACGGAACUCAUCCGAGUCCUCAAAGGCCUAAGGCUAAGCACAGUUAAAGCUGACAUUUCAAGUGUAGGUGGAAGAAUGAAAAGCAAUUUAAUCCUUUGCAAUAAUAACAGUGAUGAUGAAGAGGCUGUUUCACCAAGCACUCUAAAACAGUCCCUGAAUGUAGUUUUAAACAGGAUUGCUUCAUCAUCCACUGGAUCAAAUUGUCGGAUCAGAAGCAAAAGGCAAAGGUUGUUCUUGCCUUCUCAGUUUACACAAUAAAUAAAUUAUAAUAUAUACUCCAUUUCCAAUAACAUUAAUGCAAGUUUGCGA